UUGCAAUGUACACUGCUUAAUGCGUAGGCGCUUGGAUGGAAUAAUUCAACAAGCUAAGAUCGAUGAGGGAGGAAGAGGAGGAGGAGGGCAACUACUUUUGCAAUCUUUUGCUUCUCUUAAUUGUGAUUUUAGCUAUUGUUCUGUCCUUGCUCUUCUUGUUCGUUAUCGGCCCAGCCUUAUAUCAGUCCCACGGCCCGAAGCCGCCGGAUUUCGCCGUCGUGAAUGCGCUUAUCCAAAACGGCACAGUCAACGCCGGCGGCGGCACCCCCCUCUUCACCGGAACCUUCGACUUCACCCUCACAGCCAAAAACCCUAACAAACGCGGCACUACCCUUAUCUAUGCCUUCAACGCCACCCAAGUGAAAGUGGGUUUGGAGUACGACAUAUUUCUCAUUGAUGGAAGCGGUGCUUAUAACCGGCAACGUCUACGCCACGGCUACGUCGACCUCGCGUCCACCGCCGCCGCCAUGGUUCCGCCGUUCAACCAGACCGGCGGGAACGUCACUACUCUCCCGCUCUCUCUUCAGGCUAAUGGCGUGGCGCUUGACGGCAACGCCACCAUCACCAUCGAGGCACAAAAGAAUGCUUCGACCGCCAUCUUCGCGACCAUUGAGGUGAACGCUGUGAUUCUGAUUCAGAAGGGUGACUCCGAACCCAAACCUCGCGGGCUUCUUGUCAGAUGUGACGCUGUCUUCUCGUACAGUUCUUCCCCACAGCAGA